ACCAAUGGGACGAUCCUUAUCCGAAACAACAAAGUUAGAGCAAACAAUAUAAAUAGCUUUAGAUGUUGAAUGUGUUCUUCCUUGGCACAGGACUCAAGGUCAAUUUCGAUUCGAUAAAGAAAGGUCAAGGGAUUGUAACAAUGGCAGACAUAGCAAUAUUAGUGGUGGAGGAAUACGAGCGGAUGGUGAAGCUUAAGGCACAUAAAGCAUCAGUUUCUGCGGAAGUCGGACGGUGGAACGAUUCUCCAGCAAAUAUGACGUCGUUUGGGAUUGAGGAAAACAAGAUUAAGAGCUUAAAGAGGAAACUUGAAGCCAAAUCUCAGUUUGCUCUUGCUGUUUCCAAUGGCUUCUUCUCUGCUUAAUUUUUUCUUUUUGUUUUUUCUUUAUAUUCUGGAGGAUUUUAAAGACUGUAUGUAAAUCAUAGUAAAUCAAAUCUGUUGUUCUUUUUAAAUUU